UUUAUUUAAUUCCGAGCAUUUUUAAAUUUAUUUACCUUUUAAACCUUCCCUGGACUUCCACAAACAAUUCAAGACCAAAAUUAGACCAAAUCGGUCCAGCCGUUCUCGAGUUUUAGCGAGACUAACGAGCAGCAAUUCAUUUUUAUAUAUAUGGAUGGAUUACUAAAGUAACCCUCAAAGUUAUGAAAUAUCAAUUAUAAAUCGCUGAGUACAGAUGAUAAUGUGUGAGAAUUUCGGUGUUCUGAAAAAAAAAGUGUUCCAUAUCGUAAUCGAAGUAUGAUCGUUAUGUGAUUCGAUUAUAUCCAAAAACAAUAUCUAAUCAGUAACACGAGUAUAAAAUAACGUCUCAGAAUUGAGCAAAGUGUCACUCACACCUGAGAACCGAAUCAAAGCUUCAAGAUGAAAUCUACACUACUGCUCCUGUUGGUUGUCGUCGCAGCGGUGUCAGCCGUUGAAAAGGAAGAUUUCGAUUCCUUUAGGAGAUCUACCUUGAACCUAGGGGUUAUCGGAAACCAAGAUAGACUUUUGCGAAGUGAGAAUUUCGUCCGUGCUUCUAUGGUGUCAUCGUGGGCUCACCCAUUGACUUUGUUUGCGCCUACCGGUACUCGCAUCAACGCCAUACGCGCUAGAGAAGUUGGGGCAUCACAGUCCGGUUCGAUCAGGCUUACUCACGGCGGACUCGGUUCCACCUUUGCCGCUUUUGACAUUACGAACGCAGCCGGCAGGGGAUUGAACUACAGGGUGGAAAUUUGGGGACGUUAAGAACACAAUGUAAAGAAAAUAACAAUAACAUUUAGGUCUAAGUUCAUGUGUACAGUUUAGCCAUACGAAAUCGAGGUUAAUCUACAAACUUCGUACCGUUAAAUCUAUGUAUAUACUAAUAUUUUCUUGCGAGAUGUUAUUAUCAGAUAGAGCAUUUCAAAUUUUUAUGUAUAAUAAAAUUAUUCUUUAAGAAAAUAAA